AGCCUUAUAGGUGGGGUGGCAAACCCAAAUCCCCAUCAACUCCGGUCCAAAACCCUCAAAAUUCAGCAGCCAUGGAUUGUAAGGGGACAACAUGAGUUUCAUUGAGCUUCUUCUGAAUGGAAAGCAGAACAACGAACCUGUAAGAUUAGAUUCAAUUAUGUCUCUGAUUUCUCAAUUUGCAUUCAUUCAUCAAAGAUAACAUGGAAGAUAGGCUUAGCAUCUUGCCAGAUUCAAUUCUCUGUCGCAUUCUCUCUUUUCUCCCAACCAAGCAAGCUGUUGCAACAAGCAUUCUCUCGAAGAAGUGGAAACCACUGUGGCGUUCAGUCACCACUCUCCACUUCGAUGAUGCCAAAUAUUAUACCACAAGCAAAGAGGUAUAUGCUCGAUUUGUUCAAUCAGUGUAUGCAGUUAUCCUCUCCCGUGAUCAACACCAACCCAUCAAUACAUUCCGCCUUAGUUGUAUCUGUUCUCCUUGUUUGGAUAUGGCCCAUGUCAAGGUAUGGCUUAAUGCUGCGGCGCAACGCGGGGUUCAACAUCUAGAUAUCUCCUUCAGCUUUGAACGAUUAUCAUCCUCCACCACCAUCUUCACUUGCAAAACUCUCGUGGUUCUCAAGUUGAAGAAUUUAGAGUUGAAAUCUCUUAACUUCUCUGUUGAUCUUCCCUUCCUUAAGACCCUGCAUCUAGAACAAUUGGUUUUUCCAAAUCAUGGAUGUCUGGCUGAGCUUCUUUCCGGAUGUCCCGCACUUGUGAAUCUCAAAGUAGGGCGUUUAUAUUUUCCUUGUUUUUUGAUUGGCAAGGACGAAUUUAAAUCUUUACCCAAAUUGGUCAGAGCAGAAAUUUCAUUUUUGCAUAAACGUUUACUGAAAGUGGUGAAGAAUGUUGAGUUUUUGCGCUUAGAUGCGAUUGGUUGGGGAUUCUUACAUGAUCAAGGCAAAGACCCCCAAUUUAGCCCAAUGCUUCACAAUUUAACCCGUCUUGAGCUUUUCUAUAGACAUUAUAAUGACAAUUGGCUACACUUAGUAGAAUUUCUCAAGUAUUGCCCCAAGCUUCAAGUUCUUCUUAUUAACCAGUCACAUUAUCAGAGCGGUGCGUUCAAAGCAAUUAAAGAACUAGGAGAUUGGCAAUACAUGCCAUCAGCUCCUGAAUGCAUUCUAUUACACCUUAAAAGUUGCUAUCUAAAUGAUUAUAGAGGCACCGAAGGUGAGCUUCAAUUUGCAAGAUAUAUUCUCCAGAAUGGAAGGUUUUUAAAGAGGAUGACAAUAUGUAGUGAUUCUUCAGUAAAUCAACAGGGGAAGCGUAAGAAUUUUAAAAAAUUAUCCUCAUGCACGAGGAGCUCUACAACUUGUAAACUUUCCUUUAACUGAUAACAAACUACACUACAUUUGGUAGCUGCAAGUAGUUUCUUCAUUUCUUCCUUUUAACUAUUUGCCACCUACAAGGAUCCUUGUCUUAAUUUGAAAGUCGAACUCGUCCUUUACUGAUGAUUUAUUGCAAAUUUAUGAUGUUCUGCUCAUGUUUGAGGCAA